CCUCCGUCGCUGUGGGAAACGACCCGGGACCCGGGAGAGAGAAAGACAUUUCCCGCCGGCGGGAGCUGCGUUUGUGGUGGCGGGGCUCGCUGCUCCGUAGCACCAUGGCGGACCAGCUUUAUCUGGAAAACAUAGACGAGUUCGUCACGGACCAGAACAAGAUCGUGACCUACAAAUGGCUGAGCUAUACACUAGGGGUUCAUGUUAACCAGGCCAAACAGAUGCUGUAUGAUUAUGUUGAAAGGAAGCGAAAGGAGAAUUCGGGAGCCCAGCUGCAUGUCACGUAUUUAGUGUCUGGCAGUCUCAUUCAGAAUGGACAUUCUUGCCACAAGGUUGCAGUAGUGAGAGAAGAUAAAUUGGAAGCAGUGAAGUCCAAGCUAGCAGUGACUGCCAGCAUCCAUGUGUACAGCAUCCAGAAAGCCAUGCUAAAGGACAGUGGGCCUCUGUUCAAUACGGACUAUGACAUCCUUAAAAGCAACUUGCAGAACUGCAGCAAGUUUAGUGCCAUACAGUGUGCAGCUGCAGUCCCCAGAGCUGCUGUUGAAUCCUCGUCCUCUGAAAAGUUUGAGCAGUCCAAUCUUCAAGUAUCAAGUGAGACACCAGCCAAUAAUGAGUUGACAACCAAUGGUCACAGUCCACCUACCUCCAAACAGAUUUUCCAGCAGCCCAAAGGGAUAAUGGGUAUGUUUGCCUCUAAAGCUGCUUCUAAAACUCAAGAUGCCAACAAGGAAACCAAAACAGAGACUAAAGAGGUAACAAAUGUAUCUUCUGCAGGCAACAAGGCAUCAGGGAAAGGGAAUGUGAUGAGCAAUUUUUUUGGAAAAGCUGCAAUGAAUAAACUUAAAGUCAAUUUGGAUUCAGAACAAGCAGUGAAAGAAGAAAAAAUAGUGGAGCAACCUCCAGUGCCUGUCACUGAACCAAAGCUGGCAGCCCCUACAGGCCUGAAGAAAUCCAGCAAAAAAGCAGAGCCUGUUAAGAUGCAGCAGAAGGAAAAAAAAAGGGGGAAGCGAGUAGAGUUAUCUGAUGAUGAGACAAAAGAAACUGAAAAUAUGAAGAAAAAGAGGAGACGAAUCAAACUUCCUGAGUCUGAUAGCAGUGAAGAUGAAGUCAUACCAGACUCUCCUGGGGAUUAUGAAGCUGAGUCACCAUCCCCACCUCCUCCUCCUCCUUCUCCACCUCCUGAACCAGUGCAGAAGACUGAACCAGAACCACCUCCUGUCAAGAGCUCAAGUGGAGAAAAAAGAAAACGAAAGCGGGUGCUAAAAUCGAAAACCUUUGUAGAUGAGGAAGGCUGCAUAGUGACUGAAAAAGUCUACGAGAGUGAAUCCUGCACAGAUAGUGAAGAGGAGCUUAAGAUGAAGACCUCCUCCGUACACAGACCCUCCACUAUGACUGUGAAAAAAGAACCCAAAGAAGAACGAAAGGGCCCAAAGAAAGGGACUGCUGCUCUGGGCAAAGCCAACAGACAAGUAUCCAUUACUGGCUUCUUCCAGAGGAAGUGAACUACCAUCUCUGUUAGUUAAGUCAGAGACAUGGAGUGGUCAGAGGAGAAGACCAAGACAGAGAGACUCUCACUUACUGUGUAAGUUCAUCCUGUGCCUGACCUUGGCUAUAUCAAAAGACUUCUUCCAUCCUGUGAGGUUUAUACUGUUUCUGGUUUUUAACCAAAGGGAAAGCACCUGGAAGCAAGAGGCAAAAGAAUAUUUAAGAAGCUGUUAUGUUCUAAGGACAUUUUCUUAAGCACAAUUUUUGACCUGUUCUGGAGAAGAAUCCACUCCAAAAAUAAAUUGGAACAGGUUUCUGAAUUAUCACUGAAGCCAUUUAGUUGCUAAUUCAUUGGGCCCUACACACCCUGUGCCCUGAGCACUUACGGCUCAGGAAGUAUUCCUCCGUGUUCCUUUGCAUUCAGUGGACUUGUGUGGGUCUUCAUUUAUCCCUGAAUUUUACAGGACGUGUUUACCACUCCCUCUAUAAUCCCUUCCCCACUACUGUACUUCUGUGUGAAGCCAUUUUCUGUAAGUCUUUAAAUCUUGGUUGGACUAAAGGCUGAAACAAAAAUCUCCCUGUAAUCCUCUAAUCCUCUCUUCCUCUGUUAGAAAGUACACGGACUCCUGGCUACAGACCAGCACAUUGCUUGUGUUCUCCCCCUUUCACAAAAGCUCUCUGGACCUUCACUCGCAAUUAGUAGGUAGGGAAAAGCCUGAGGCAGAGCACAAAUAGAAAUAUAAUGAUGUAUUCGACUCUACCAGAAAUGACUUAGUGUCCACCCUGAUGGCAGUGGAGGCCUCGCCAUGUUGCUGACACACGGCGCGCUUUACACUGCUUUUGAGCUUUGUCUCCUCCCCGCUCCCAAUCUCAGUACCUGGAGAGUGAAUGCCAGCCAAUGAAAUGGAGGCUGAAAAGAGAAAUCCCUUUCCACGUGCAGGGUACAAUAGUCAAGAAAAAUUUCUCCUUCUCGAGGAACCUGAAUGUUCAGAAACAGCAAUUUUCCAGGAAUGUAAUGAGGAAGAGAUAAAGCACACAUUUUUAUACAGAUGUUGCUCAUCUGUAUUUUAACCCUCCCAUUUGCCUAAAAAUACAAGCUAGCCAAGAAAAGAUGGAGAAACUGAGUUGUUAGGACUAAACAGCAAGUAAAACAUUUUCAUUUGUUACUUAUGGAAAAUCAUCUAAUCCUGUGAUAACUUUUGAGCACUUUCCAUUAUGGCUGGAUAGUGAUCUCGGUGGAUGGAGGUGGUGGUGUAGUGAAUCCUGCACAGUGAGUUCCUGGCAAAGGAAUGCAGGCUCGGCUGCUGGCGUGGCUCACGACUGACAGACGAGGGAUGUCUGACUUAGCCUGCGUAUGUCGUGAUGCAGUCAGCCGUCUGCUGUUUAAGGUUAGGACUUCGACUGACCUUGGAUUAACGUGAACGUCUUUAGCAGCCGUCACCCGGGGCUUCCCGGCCAGGCACCGUGUGGACUUGAUUGAGACCAGAAGUUUGGGAGAUGAGUCCUGGCAUUACGUCUAGGACUUGAGAAGGCAGAGGCUUUGCGUAGCAAGCAGAGUAAAGCUUGACAUAUUCCAUAGCCCUUUCUUUUUAAAAUGUAAAAGGAUGGAAAGCCUCAACUUAUCUUUACAAAAAAAACCUCUGGAGAGUGGUCUCUUUUAGGUGGUUAUUUUUGUCAUUGCCUCUAGUCCUUUUUCUAAAUAAGAAUGGAAAAUUAAAGAAAAAAGUCUAGUUGUUGUUUUUUUUUUAAUGCUGGGAUCUCUCAUAAAACUGAAUUUUGAAUUGGAAAAUUCUCGGUGGUGGUCGGAGUUCCCCCUUUGAAAUGAUGAUGCAAAUCCUGUGAUCACCAUAUCCAGUCUGCUGCCUAACCUCUGACCUGUCUACAAGGCUUAGGAAGGAGUGAAGUGGGGGCCUUUGUUUUUCCUUUUUAUGCAAAACUCUACUGUGUUCUCCACAGGAGUUAAAUAAAUUUGAGAAGCUGUGUUAAAACAGUGCUUCAAA